UGGCCCGACUCUUUCUGCGCCGGCUGGGAUUGCGCAUCGCCGCCAGCCGGUGGGGAGGAGGACGACUUGGCGCUUCUCGCGCAUCGCUUAGGGUCUCUGCAGUCAGACCCCGGGAGUGAGCAAAGUGUCGCUCCUGCGUCUCCAGACUGCUGCAGUGCCCUCUGCGUUAACGCUUCCCGAGCGCGGCAGCAGAGGCUGCGGCAGCUCCUGCGUCCUGCUCCUGGCAGCGCAGCCUUGGCCCUCUGCGGACCUGGCGGGAGGGUGCGGGAGCUGAAGCCCUGGGCAGAGUCUGCGCGCGUCCUGCCUGCUGUUCCCUCCCCCGCACCCCGCCCCCUCUCUCCGCGCCUCCUCCCUGGCUGCGGGCAGAGCACUUCGCACUGUCGCAGCGCCAGGCGUCUGGACAGCCUGUAGGAGGCACACGCGCCCACACCCACCCUGCCCAGCCGUACCCCUGUCCAGCAUGUCGGCGCUCGAGUGGUACGCCCACAAGUCGCUGGGCGAUGGCAUCUUCUGGAUUCAAGAACGUUUCUACGAAUCGAGCAACCGCGCUAACAUCUGGCUGGUGCGCGGCUCCGAGCAGGACGUGGUGAUUGACACCGGCCUGGGGCUGCGCAGCCUCCCGGAGUACCUAUACUCCUCCGGCCUCUUGCAGGACUGCGGAGCCAAAGAAGAUGCGGCGCGGAGACCGCUGCUGGCCGUGGCCACCCACGUGCAUUUCGACCAUUCCGGCGGGCUCUACCAGUUCGAUCAGGUGGCGGUGCAUCACGCCGAGGCCGAGGCCCUGGCUCGCGGGGACAACUUUGAAACCGUGACCUGGCUCUCCGACAGUGAGGUGGUGCGGGCGCCCAGCCCUGGCUGGAGGGCCAGGCAGUUCCGCGUGCAAGCGGUGCAGCCCACCCUCAUCCUGCAGGAUGGGGAUGUGAUCAACCUUGGUGACAGACAGCUCACUGUCAUGCACAUGCCAGGUCACUCCAGGGGCAGUAUUUGCUUGCAUGACAAAGACCGAAAGAUUCUCUUCAGUGGAGACGUCGUGUAUGAUGGAUCACUGAUUGACUGGCUUCCAUACAGCAGGAUAAAUGACUACGUUGGAACUUGUGAACGUCUAAUAGAAUUAGUGGACAGAGGUCUGGUGGAGAAGGUGCUUCCAGGGCACUUCAAUACCUUUGGUGCUGAAAGGCUUUUUCGAUUGGCUUCUCACUAUAUUUCAAAAGCUGGGAUAUGUCACAAAGUGUCUACCUUUGCCAUGCGAUCUCUUGCAAGUUUAGCCCUACGUGUAACAAACUCUAGGACCUCACCCUAAUAUCUAUAAUAAUAAUCUAUUUUCAUUAACUAUGUAAACUAACCCAAUUCAUUUUGUGCUGUUUAAAAUGGUUAAUAGUGAGCCUUUCAAGAAGUGCUUUUAUACAGUUAUUGCAUAUUAAAGAUUGAGAAUGAAUAAGC